AUGGUUAAAUCAAUCGCUCUUGCCUUGUCUUUGGCAACCACUGGUCUCGCUGCAUCCGAAGCACAAGCGUCCUCCUGGUCCGGAUGGAAGAACGUCAAACACCUUUUCGUCUUUGGUGAUUCUUACACCCAGACUGGCUUCAAUGUGAACGGCACCCAACCAAGCCCAUCUAACCCUCUCGGCAACCCGCCAUAUCCUGGCUGGACAUCUUCAAACGGUCCCAACUGGGUCGGAUUUCUUACCACCACCUACAAUGCCAGCACUCUCCUGACGUACAAUAUGGCCUAUGGUGGAGCCACCGUCGACUCGGCCCUUGUCGCCCCGUAUACACCGACAGUAGUCAGCAUGAAGGAACAAGUCCAGUCCCAAUUCCUGCCCACUUAUGGCUCCCAUCCCAACUUUGCUCCCUGGACAUCCGCCUCAUCACUCUUUGCCUUCUUCAUCGGCAUCAACGACGUAGGAACCAGCUGGUGGCGGGAAAACUCUACUGCUCUCUGGGACACCAUCUUCUCCGUGUAUGAGAAGCAACUCACCGACAUCUACGCUACCGGAGGCCGCAAUUUCCUCUUCCUUAACGUCCCACCUGUCAAUCUCGCGCCCUUGACCACGCAGCAAAAUGAUGGCGGAUAUGCAGUAGAGCACGAGGGCAAGGCGAUUGAGGAUUGGAACAAGCGAAUUGCCAACAUGGUAUCUCAGUUCAAAGCAAAGAACACAGGCACCACUGCAUUUGUGUUCGAUACGUGGGCACUAUACAACAGCGUCAUCAAGAACCCUGCGAGCUACAAGCAGACUGCCGACUUGAAAAAUGUUACUGGCUACUGCAAUGCGUACAAAAAUGGUACCCCGACCUGGUAUACCAAGGACCCUAGCUGCCAGUACCCUGUCAACGAGUACCUAUGGCUCAACGAGCUGCAUCCUACUUUUUCAAUCAACAACGCCACAGCAGCUUCCAUUGUUAAGUUGCUUUCCAAAUAA